AUGUGUGACGACUGGGAUGAUGGUGCUCCCAUUACAUCACCUACGACUUAUUCCCGGCAAUGGGGUAACAUAAAUACAAACCAAGCACAAGAUGAUUGGUCAGAUGGCACUCCGACAUGGUCUAGUUCGACAAGCCAAACGUUCUCAAGGGGCGGAAAUGGCUUUAGAGGAAGCAGACGAGGUGGUGGCGGCGGUGGAAAUGCUUUCAGAGAAGGAAGAAGAGAUGAUGGAAACAGAAACUCAAAUUCAAACCAAAAUUGGAGAGAUGACAAAUCCGAAACUAUGUACGUACCGUCAAUGAAAGUUGGCAGAGUUAUUGGACGCGGAGGUUCAAAAAUCAACGAACUUCAAAGUGAAUCUGGGGCGAGGAUACAAGUCACUAAAGACAUUGAAGGUGAUGACACUAUAGUAAAACUGUUUGGAAGUGAAACCUGUGUAGCUAAAGCAAAAGAAUUAAUAAACGACUUGACAACAGACACUAUUAAAUUUGUUGAAGCUAAAGAUAUGCCUAAAGAGCCAGAGAAGAAAGUAAUUACAGAUUGGGCAGCAUUCUUGCAAGAAUGUGAAAAAGCUGAAACCGCCGAAUGGGAAAAAUACCCUCCUAUAAUCAAAUCUUUCUACAAAGAACAUCCAGAAGUCACUCAAAUGUCUGCAGAUUAUGUUGAUUCUUUCAGAGAAGAAAAUAAUAAUAUUGUAGUUGAUAGGACUUUUAAAAAAGAAGGUAGCAGACCCAUUCCUAAGCCUUGCCCUACAUUCCACCACGCAUUUUAUCAGUACCCCGAAAUUCUAGAAGAAAUUCGAAAGGCUGGUUUUGACAAACCAUCUCCAAUUCAAGCACAGGCUUGGCCAGUACUUUUGAGUGGUGAAGAUUUAAUUGGAAUUGCCCAAACUGGAACUGGCAAAACUUUAGCAUUUUUACUACCAGCUAUGAUUCACAUUGAUGGUCAAACAACUCCAAGAGAAGAAAGAAAUGGACCUGCUGUUUUAGUCAUGGCUCCAACUAGAGAACUAGCAUUACAGAUCGAUAAAGAAAUUAAGAAGUAUCAAUAUAAAGGUAUAACAUCCGUUUGCAUCUAUGGAGGGGGCAAUCGCCGAGAACAAGUGAAAGUUGUUUCAGACGGUGUCGACAUUGUUAUCGCCACACCAGGAAGAAUGAACGACUUAGUAGCAGCCGGUCAUUUAAAUGUUAAAAGUGUUACAUAUGUGGUACUCGACGAAGCAGACAGAAUGUUAGACAUGGGUUUCGAACCACAAAUUCGUAAAGUAAUGUACACAAUCAGGCCUACCAGACAGACUAUAAUGACUAGCGCCACCUGGCCGCCGGGAGUGAGAAGAUUAGCACAAUCUUACAUGAAUGAUCCUGUUCAAAUUUAUAUUGGAAGCUUAGAUUUAGCUGCAACUCACACCGUUACACAGAUUAUACAAAUAAUGCCUGAUGAUGAAAAUGUUAAGUUAGAAACGUUUAUGGACUUUGCUAGGAACUUAGCACCUGAUCAGAAAAUCAUAGUUUUUUGUGGAAGAAAAUCCAGAGCUGAUGAAUUAUCCACUGAGCUGGUUUUAGCUGGAAUGCGAUGCCAAACGUUACAUGGAGACCGUGAUCAAGCUGAUCGAGAGCAAGCUUUGCUUGAUAUCGCCGAUGGUACAGUCCAAAUCCUCAUCGCUACAGACGUCGCUUCCAGAGGUCUAGAUAUCGACGAUAUUACACACGUGGUGAACUAUGAUUUUCCCAGAAAUAUCGAAGAGUAUGUACACAGAGUCGGUAGAACUGGAAGAGCAGGAAAAUUAGGUGAAAGUAUAAGCUAUUUCACCAGAGGAGAUUGGGCGCAGGCUCAAGAACUUAUCAGUAUUCUAGAGGAAGCUCAGCAAUAUGUUCCUGAAGAGAUUUAUCAAAUGGCUGAAAGGCACGCUGCAUUCAAGGAAAAAAGAGAUAAGGAAAGAGAAAGCGGGUUUGGUGGUCGAGGGGGUGGGAGAGGUGGGGGAGGAAGAGGUGGAAGAUAUAAUGGAGGUGGGGGUAAUCGACGUUGGUGA